UGGGGGGUGGCGGCCAGGACCAAUUAAUACCUCUGAGACACGCCCCUUUGCCUCCUGGGAUCUCUUCCUCCUCUCCCUAUAUAUUACACACGCGCGCGCAACACAAAAAACCUGUGCUGUUUUUUUUAAUGGUGGGGGGGUACUGUAUUUUCCUCUCGCCAUCCGGAGUUUAGCAGUAGAAAAGGUGGUUCAUUCCAGAUUUGCGCGCGCGCGCGCGUGUGGCAUCUAAGUGGAGGGAGAUCCCCGUCUGAAUGAAACAUUUAUUUUUAUUUUUUUAAGAAAUCUAAACAGCAGGGAUUUAAACAUGAGGUGUUUUUUUUUUAUGAUGCUUUUCAGAAAUUUCCUCGUUUUCGUCCUGGGGCUUUUCCUGAAGUUCAGCGGCAGGGAUUGCUGAGACUUGGGGCAUAGCUUUGGAAAUGUCAUUCAAACGGGAGCCUUGUGAGUCUUUCUGGAAAUCAUAGCAACUCAACGGUAUCUGAAGAUAUUCCACACUCUUCCCUUUUUUCUUUUUCUCCCCCCACCCCACUUUUUGGGGGGGAAUCAUCAAAGAAACUACUGCGUUUCAUUUUUGUAGAGGACCUGCGACUGUUUGGAUUUAUUUAUUUAUUUUCCCUGCAAGGAAACUUGACAGAAAAGUAGAUUUAUUUCAAAUGCAUUUCAACACAGAGGAUGGAACGCCUCUGCAAAUACGCUUCAUAAUAAAUAUUACAUGUGGAAUACAGUACUGGCUGCAUUUUAAAUCCGGUUUCCACCGUGCAUCGCAAACUGAGGAGGGAAACACUGGGAAGGCGGAAAUACCUUCGAGACCCUGAGGACUCUCCCAUACCUCAACCAAUGGAACUGCAUAGAAUAAAACAACUGGAUUAUAUAUAAACACUGGCACUUACUAUUACUGGCUGCUUUCUUUUGGGGGGGCGGGAGGGGGGACACUCCAUCCGCUUCUGCAUAUAUUUUCCCCCACCUUUCCCCUACUCCUUGCUAUAGAUGAUGGCUCAGACUGGGAUAAGAGGUUACGACACAAGAGAGAUAGUGCAGACGUACAUCCAUUACAAGCUGUCGCAGAAAGGAUAUGACUGGGUUGCCAGUGAAGACAGAGAAGACCUUCCUCCUCCUCCAGAUCCUGCUCCUGCAGAGACGUUCCCUAACCUUGCUAGGCUGGCAUCUCAUCCUUCCGAGCUGCCUGUAAGUAACGUCGCCCCGGCUGGCGGACCGCACCCUGUGCCACAGGUUGUCCACGCAACUUUACGUCAAGCCGGGGAUGAGUUUUCGCGGCGUUACAGGAGGGACUUUGCUCAGAUGUCUGGACAGCUGCACUUGACCCCGGUCACUGCCAGAGCUCGCUUUGCGGCAGUUGUCGAAGAGCUCUUCCGAGACGGGGUGAACUGGGGGAGGAUUGUGGCGUUCUUUGAGUUCGGUGGCAUGAUGUGCGUGGAGAGCGUCAGCCGGGAGAUGUCGCCCCUUGUGGACAAUAUCACAGUGUGGAUGACUGACUACCUGAACAGGCACCUGGACAACUGGAUCCAAGACAAUGGAGGCUGGGAUGCUUUUGUGGAGCUCUACAGCAACAACAUGAGGCCUUUGUUCGAUUUCUCGUGGCUGUCUCUGAAGACAAUCCUGAGUCUGGCUGUUGUGGGUGCCUGCAUCACCCUUGGAGCUUAUCUGGGGCAUAAGUGACUUCAACCAACUUGUGGCGAACUGAUGAAAAAGUCUCUUUUUUUUAAUUGAAAAGAGAGGAUCAGAAAGCAUGAGAGCUUUUUUUGUUUUGUUUUUCCUGUAGCAUAAUGCUAUUAUUUUAUGAGCCAAGUAUCUUUCUGUCUAAAUAUUAAAUCAGCUAUUACUGCCAAAGGGAAUAUUCAUUUAUUUUUUACAGUGCAGGAGAAGAGUUAUUUAUUGAAGAUAUUUUACAUUUAACCUGCUAUUUUCCUGAAAUUCUGCAAGUUAUACCCACAUGCAUCUUUAUAACGGAAGUUUAAGGACACUCCAAAGAUCUUCAGCUUUCUUGCAAAAUGCCGCUCGACAAGACUAUUUUUAUCACAUUGGACUAUAGGGCACAAGAGACCGAGGUGUUUUAUCUGCAGGAAAGACAGUAAAUGGGCUACUUGCAGAGGUGUAAAUUUGCAGUUUAUUGCUCUGCCCACUGAAGGAGGAAGUAAAUCGCAGCAUGGAUGAGAUGGGAGCAAUUUCAAGCCAGUAACGCCUUUGGGAUAUAGCAAUUUGACAUGGUACCUAUCCAGAGCGAGAAACGACGCGAGGUUCAGGCCAGUAAUAAAGCCCAUGUAGCUCGUCAGCUCAGGCCCAAAGCUGACGUCUGGGAAUACGAUUUCAUCCCAACUUGUGAAGCAUCCUGAUAUGUACUGUUUUGUGCCACUCAACACCACCAUAGGUCAUCGUUGGGAGGAUACCAUUUGUGCAUCCUCAAAGCAACGAUUUGAAACGAAAUAACUUUGGAACUGCAGAACAAAUAUUCUGUUUAUAGAGUAUAUUCUUCAAUCCUCACUUUACCACACGGCCAUCAGGAAACCGUAAGUGCCUGCCACCUGCCUUGCAGGACCUGGAGCCUGGAUGUUCUGGCUCGCAUCCCCACUGGAGCGAGAGUUUACUCACAGCUGAUCCUACUUUUACUCUCUGAUUUCUUCUUUGCCGGGGAGGGUGGGUGGUGGUCUUAAAAGCAAUCCACGUUGGUUGCUGAAUAAUACAUCUCGAAGCCAAGAGAGGCCCAAGAAUUGAAAUCAGGUGACAAGAGAUUAGCUCGGAUCCACCAUCUUUAUCAAAACGGACCACCCCACCCCCCCAAGUUAAGUUCUUUGCAUUUUUUUUUCCUAAGUGGAGCUUUAUUCCCCUCAAUAGUAUUGCGUCCUGGUUAUUUCUUUUAAGACGGUCUUCAAAAGGAUCAAGAAUGCAUCCAUUGCCUCCAUCUGCAGAGGCUCACAGACAUCAUCCCGUUCCCUAAGGUGCCUAUUGCCUUUUGUAUGGAAACCUGGGGAGGAAGAGGGGAGGGAGGGGGGAAUCCUUGUUUAAAAUCCUUUUCAGUAAGAUGAAAGCAGAGUACUUAAUAACACCACUUUUCUGAGAGUACCUUAUUUUGUUUUAAAAAAUUCUAAACACAUAGCAUGAGAUUGAUCACUAGGAGCACGGCUGUCAUCGUGGUUGAGCAUCGCUGAGAGCCUUCCAUGGCCCACUCCUGACCACCAGACCCCCCAGGCCCUAUACCUGGCUGUUGCUGCGAGCUCACCUGUCCUCCCAGGUGUGCAGACAGCAGAAAAAGAAGCACCAUUCGCUUCCCUUUGCCUUCUCCUUCUGGGCAGGUGUGUGGAUUGUAUCUAGAGGAAAAGGGCAAUUGAAUGGGCAGUGGUGACAGCAGCAAGGAGGUGGGCUUCUCCAAAGAUGUGGGUCCCUUGAGAGCUUCUUGGUGUACUGCAGCUUUGUAAAUAACAGAAGUUACUAGCCUGCAAAAAAGAAGAAGCAUUAGCUUACUAAGGGCCUAGUAGCCCAUUCUUCCAUGCUGGCUGCAGAGGGAGGGUCAUAUGCUACUAGCCAGUCAGCAAGCUAGUAAAAUGAAUGGCCUUCUCCCAAGCCUACCAUUGAUGGAGUGAGCUGUCCUUUUUCUGCCAGGCCACUGACUUGCUUGUAAGCAAUUCCUGGUCACCUACACUGACCAGGCGAGCUGUUAUGAGGCUGGUGUUGCAGAAUCUUCAUUGCUGAAGGUAUUUAAGAGCAAGUUACAGCUGAAUGGGGUUGGGUUGCCUGAGGUGGACUCAACCCCUAAAGUCAAAGAACUGGCAGGGUGGUCUCUUCCUCAGUGCUUCCAAGAGGGUGCUUACAGUGGGUUCAGUGCUUCUCAAACAUGUCUGUAUUCACCCCCACCUAGAGAGAGAGAGAGAGAGAGAGAGAGAGAUUUAUCCCUUCUGAGGAAAGUCCAAUAAGAGGGGGAUAAACUUGUUGGUAAUGACAUGUUUGUGAUAUCUCAAUAACCUUUUAGCAAAUUAAGCUCCCGCUUAGAAGCACCUCUGGUCAUGUAUUCAAAUAUAUUUACCACUUUAACAAAGGCAACUCUAGAUUGGAUGCUUUGCCGUAAUGGCCAGUUGUUGAUAUCAGUGUAAUACAUUAAGUGGGGAAAAGGCCAAGGGGUCAAAAGAAACUCAUACACACAACAGAUGCUUUCCUGCAUGCUCAGGACAGUUUUUGUCUCCAGCAUCAGCCCUUAUUACAGCAUAGGGCUGGAUCUACAUUGAUCUGAUAAACGUUACUAAAUAUAACGUUAUGUAACAUUCAGUGCUGUUUUCCAUUGCCAGUGGUUCACUGCUCUGCAGCACCCUCUGGUGCCACAUUUUAAUAACACAUUCUUAACAUUAUAAACCACGAGUGUAGAUCUGCCCUCGGAUUCUGCACAGGGUGGGGGGUGGGGGGUGAUGCCCCACCAGCCCUCAUGAGCAGUUUUGUGAUGUUGCAGUGGGGAGCCAGAAAUAUCUCAGCAUAUACAAAAAGCCAACUCUCCAUUAGUUCUUUGGAUCCAGCCAAUGAGUUUUGGGCCAUAUUAAUGCAAGGGCUUUUUAUUUUUAUUUUAUUUAAACAAUACAUGCCCCAAAGGAACAAAAUCUAAAUUAGAUGUGGUGGACAUGUUUGACUUCUGUAAAUUUCCAUCUUUAAAAAAAAUCCUCACCCUUUUAUUUUAUUUUUAUGUUUAUAAAACUGUACAGAAAUUGAUUUUAUACAUUAAUAUGCAUCCAAUAAUAAAUAUCUGGACUGAAGUACAGUUGCUUUAACACUUAAGAUGGCAUAGGUAGAUAAAUAAAUAAAUAAAGCAAAAGAAAGAAAGAAAGAAAGAAAGAAAGAAAGAAAGAAAGAAAGCUGAAGAAGGCUUAUCAGAUCUGAGUGAAAUAUCUUAAUUUUGUGGCAUUAUAUACAAAAAAAAUAUCUAGGGAAUGUAAUAUUUUCAUUGCUUAAGGCUGUAGUUUAUAUCAUGUCUUCAAAGCUGCUUUUUAAAAAAUGGGCAGAAUCCACCAAGGAGCUACUCUUGUUGAGCUCCCAGUCAUUAAAAUGGAGCAUGUGCAAGAAAAGUUCCUUGGGGAGUGUGCCCAGUGUGUUAAUGCAUCUCAGCAUCGCUGUAGCUACUCUACAGUUAUGGCACUUGUACCCGUCAUUUCAGGAGCGACAGUGAACUAAGCUUUUACGCUUCACGGCGGAAAUAAAUGUAUAAAGGCA